AGAAGGUGGGAGAGUCGCGCAUGCGCACAGUCGAGCUACACUAGAAAACUUUAUAAAGGGGCGCCAUGCAGCUCUCAGGGGCUUCCCCCGUUAUGCUAAUAGGCUUCAUGCUGUGCCGCCUAGGGGCUACAGAGGUACAAGGUCUGCGGAACCCACCCAACAGGAUAGCUGUUGUGGGAGCCGGGAUUGGAGGAACAUCGGCAGCUUAUUUCUUACGGCAGAAGUUUGGCCAGCAUGUCCAGAUUGACAUAUUUGAAAAUGGAGAAAUAGGAGGCCGCUUGUCAGUCAUAGAGAUAAAUGGAAACCACUAUGAAGCUGGAGGGUCAGUGAUACACCCCCUGAAUCUACAUAUGAAAUCAUUUAUACAGGAGUUGGGUCUCAAUGCUCUACCACUGCACAGAAAUCUUGUUGACAUCUAUAAUGGGGAUGAGUUUGUUUUUCAGGAGAGUGAAUGGUAUUUGAUAAAUGUCAUCAAAAGGAUCUGGAACUAUGGUCUCAGUUUCUUUCGGAUGCACAUGUGGGUGGAAGACAUUUUGGAGAAGUUCAUGAGGAUUUAUCAGUAUCAGAACUUGGACUAUUCUUUCUCCAGCAUUGACUCUAUGUUUCAUGCCAUCGGUGGAAAUGAUUACAUCACAAAGCUGAAUGGGACCCUGGGUGAAGAUAUGCAGAAAUCUGGUUUCUCUCAGAGAUUUAUUGAUGAAAUGGUGGUUCCAUCACUAAGAGGCAACUAUGGACAAGGAGCUAAAGUCAACAGCUUUGUUGGGGCCGUGUCUCUAGCUUGUGCUGAUUCAGGACUUUGGGCAGUGGAAGGCGGUAAUAAACUAGUUUGCACUGGUCUUCUCUCUGCUUCAAAGGCCCAGCUAGUUCGGGGCACUGUUAUCUCUGUACAAGAGAGGGUUCGUCCUACAAAGUCAGGAGAUACCGUGAAACUGUAUGAAGUCAAUUAUGAGACUGACAAAGGGCCCACACUAGACAUGUAUGACAUUGUUAUCAUUGCAACACCGCUCAUCAAAGAAAUUGGCAACAUUAAAUUCCUUGGCUUUGAGCCACCAAUAGAGACUGUUUCCAAGCCAUUCCAUCAGAUAGUAGCCACCUUUGUCCACGGACAGAUCAACACUUCUUUCUUUGGUUGUCCAAAACCAUGCCAGUUCUCUGUAUCCGAAAUAUCAACCACCGAUAGAUCAAACCUUUUCUUUAAUAGCAUUGGCCCCGUGUAUCCAGUGAAACCGACGACUGAAUCUGAAAUUUCCAAAGCCUCUGAUAUUAAAGUCUGGAAGAUCUACUCUUCUGAGCACUUGACAGAUGAACAGUUGCGUCGAUUGUUUGAGUCUUAUGAUGCAGUUAUUGUAAAGGAUUGGUUGGCUUUUCCAAAGUACAGCCCCCCAGAGAAACUACCUCCUGUAAUACUGCACCAUGACAUUUAUUAUGUCAACGGUAUAGAAGGAACAGCGAGUGGCAUGGAGAUGAGCGCCGUCUCUGCAAAGAAUGUUGCUCUUUUGUCUUACCAUCGCUGGUAUGGAAAGGAUGGACAGAUCGACCAGCAAGAUUUAGUAGAGCGUCUCAAGUCUGAGUUAUAGUGUUUUUUUUUUUUUGCCCUACAACUGUGAUUCUGGCCUAAAAAUCAGCCAUACCUUCUAAAGGUCAUAAAAUGAAGCUAGGAAGGCCAUGUCUGCACUAAAUUAUUUUUUUUUUUUUUUUACUUGUUCUUCUGUCAUUUACUUACUGAGACUGAUCACUAUAAUCUGCCAUGUCUAAUCCAACUAUAAUCGAUAGCACAAUCAGUAAUGCUGCCGAGCUUAAAGGGGUACUCCGGUGAAAACCUCUUUUCUUUUAAAUCAACUGGUGGCAGAAAGUUAA